AUGACUGUUGUUGCUGUUGCUGGAGGCACAGGCGACCUCGGGCAAACGAUCGUCGAAGCCAUAGCUAAUACCGGCAAACAUACUAUCUAUGUGCUUACCAGAAAGGUGUUACAGUCCAUUCCUACUCACCCGCUCGCCUCGAUAGCAGAGCUGGUUGUCCUUGACUAUGAAAACCCUGAAAGCAUCCGCGAGGUCUUGGACAGACUGCAAGUCGAUACAGUUAUCUCAACCUUGAACUUGAACUGGCCAGGCUCCGCGCAAUCGCAGUUGAAUCUGAUACGGGGCUCGGCCCAGUCGAAGCUUGUCAAGAGGUUCAUACCCAGUGAGUUCAACAUCGAUUACAAUGUAUCAGAGGAGUGGGAACUGCAAGGCCACCCGAAUCUCACAUAUACGCUGAUACGCAAUGGGUUCUUCCUGGACUACCUGGGACUACCGUUCGGCGAAACCCAUCUGCAUCCACUGUACUGCCUUCUAGAUCUUCAAGCUGCCAAAGCUGCCAUCCCAGGCGACGGAAGUAUGCCAGUGGUCUUUACACAUACAACUGACGUGGCCAAAUUCGUGGCAACUCUCCUUGAUAUUCCUGCGGCGAAAUGGCCCCUUGAAUCGGCUGUGAUUGGAGAAAGGAUAUUGUUGAACGAUCUAGUUUCACUAGCAGAAAAAGCCACGGGUAAAACGGUCUCUCCUAGGCUACUUUUCUCCUUGUGGCUGACAAUCAGUGCAGGCCGGCAGUUUACAAAGUCGUUCGACCCUGUAGAGGGCUUGCGAAAGAUGCAAACUACAGAGCUACUAUCAAAUAAGCAAUGCUACUCAUAUUUCCCAGGAGGGAAGGCAGAACUUGAUAUGGUUAUCAGUACGAUGAUGGUCGGAAUGGCCACAGGAGUGUUCGAUAUCUCGGGAACCGAUCUACGGACAUUUGCUCCGGAGACGGCGCUUACUAAAAUUGAGCCCUUUUUGAGAUCGUGCUGGGCGGAGGCAGGGCACUCCGUACCCACUUGA